UUUUUUAUUGCAUGUUCACUAAACAUUACAUAAAAGAAAACAUACAAUAUUACAUAACAUAUAUAACAGGGGGAGACGCAUAACAGACCUUACUACAUUAACAUACAUAUUUUACACAGAGAGAAAAAAAAUGAUUUCCUUUACAAAGCCACAUGAACCAGAUCAUCAUAAACUUAUUUAUGUAUAAGAAAAGUAUACGAGAUGUUUUCUUCUUUUUCUUAUUUUUAAGAUUUGUUUUAAGAGAUUCAUAGAAAAUGUUAAAUCUAUACAAAAAAGUUUAAAGGCGGGUUUUGUUGAUAGUAUUUUAGAUUUAUGUAAAUGAAAUUUCCCUAAUAGAAUCAUCAAUUUUAGUGCAACACCAGAGGAGCCAGAAUUACAUUCCAGAAAAAGAAUCAUAAAGUCAUCAAUUACAACUAACUUGUGAAAUGUGUCAAAAAUCAUCAUAGAAUUGCCCAGCUGUAUACUCUGACGUCACGCAUUAGCCAAUCAUAUGUCAGUAUACUGUCGCCACCCUCUGAGCUCAUGACCGACGUGUCUUUAAAACCAGCCUUCUGAGAAACGCUGUUUAUUUCUGCGUCGAAAGGCAAAGAGUUUUCCUUGUAAUCAUGGCAAGAACAAAGCAGACCGCUCGUAAAUCCACCGGAGGCAAAGCGCCGAGGAAGCAGCUCGCUACUAAAGCUGCUCGUAAGAGCGCCCCAGCCACCGGCGGUGUGAAGAAGCCUCAUCGUUACAGGCCCGGUACCGUAGCGCUGAGAGAAAUCCGCCGCUAUCAGAAGUCUACUGAGUUGCUGAUCCGUAAGCUGCCGUUCCAGCGUCUGGUGAGAGAGAUCGCCCAGGACUUCAAGACUGAUCUGCGCUUCCAGAGCUCCGCCGUCAUGGCCCUGCAGGAGUCCAGCGAAGCUUAUUUGGUCGGCCUGUUUGAGGACACCAACCUGUGCGCCAUUCACGCCAAGAGGGUCACAAUCAUGCCCAAAGACAUCCAGCUGGCUCGCCGCAUUCGUGGAGAGCGCGCUUAAACUCAAUACUACACCAUCAACCCCAAAGGCUCUUUUAAGAGCCACCACAAUUACACUGAACGAAAAAUUUUCCGUUUAUUUAAUCACAUAAGCGCUACUGUGUUUCUUUUAUCAUCUGCUCUUUAAUACCUAAUUUCUCUCAAAGUGAAUGGUGUGAUGAACGAUUAAUCCCCCCACAUAAUCCUCAUUUAUUUGUGGAAGUGGCCAAUGGAAAGUAUAAUUGUCUACUUUUCUCUGAUUUCCCACAAGAUCUAGUUUCCCAGAAAGGUAGUUUGCAGAGUUUAUAUUCUUGAGAUGAUC